AUGGCGUCCACCACUUCAGCUGCACCCAGGCCCCUCUCUCCACCCAGCCCGCCCGGCAACGGCAGCCAGAAGGAGCCAGUGGGCGCCCGGAACCCGGUGCUAGUCCGUGCAGAACUGGCCCUGCUCUCCACUGUCUUCGUGGCCGUGGCCCUGAGCAACGGCCUGGUGCUGGGGGCCCUGGCACGGCGGGGCCGGCGGGGCCGCUGGGCGCCCAUGCACGUCUUCAUCGGCCACUUGUGCCUGGCUGACCUGGCCGUGGCGCUGUUCCAAGUGCUGCCCCAGUUGGCCUGGGAUGCUACCGACCGCUUCCACGGGCCUGAUGCCUUAUGUCGGGCUGUCAAGUACCUGCAGAUGGUGGGCAUGUAUGCCUCCUCCUACAUGAUCCUGGCCAUGACGCUGGACCGCCACCGUGCCAUCUGCCGCCCCAUGCUGGCAUACCGCCACGGAGGUGGGGCACACUGGAACCGGCCAGUGCUGGUGGCCUGGGCCUUCUCCCUGCUCCUCAGCCUGCCCCAGCUCUUCAUCUUUGCCCAGCGCGACGUGGGAGACGGCAGCGGGGUGUUUGACUGCUGGGCCCAGUUUGUGGAGCCCUGGGGCCUUCGUGCCUAUGUUACCUGGAUCGCCCUGAUGGUGUUUGUGGCACCUGCCCUGGGUAUCGCCGCCUGUCAGGUGCUCAUCUUCAGAGAGAUUCACGCCAGUCUGGUGCCAGGGCCAUCCGAGAGGGCUGGGGGCCGCCGUGGAGGGCGCCGGACAGGUGGGCCCAGCGAGGGAGCCCGGGUGUCGGCAGCCGUGGCCAAGACCGUGAGGAUGACGCUUGUGAUUGUCAUUGUCUACGUGUUGUGCUGGGCACCCUUCUUCCUCGUUCAGCUGUGGUCUGUGUGGGACCCGGAGGCGCCUCGGGAAGGUCCCCCGUUCGUGCUACUCAUGCUGCUGGCCAGCCUCAACAGCUGCACCAACCCCUGGAUCUACGCCUCCUUCAGCAGCAGCGUCUCGUCGGAGCUGCGCAGCUGGCUCUGCUGUGCUCGGAGGCACACUCUGCGCAGCCUGGGGCCCCAAGACGAGUCCUGCGCCACCGCCAACUCCUCGCUGGCCAAGGACACGGCGUCCUGA